CGCAUGGCACGUUGCGUACCUCCCUCCCAGCAACCGGCCUGGCGGCAGCGCGGCCACAAAACUGAGGAGGCGGAGCCGAGACGGAGUCGGUACUGCGCUCUGACUCCUAGACCAGGUUUAAGUUUUUGAAGUUGAAGUAGGUCUACACAGUAGGAACCCAUGUCUUUUCUUGUAAGUAAACCAGAGCGAAUUAGGCGGUGGGUCUCGGAAAAGUUCAUUGUUGAGGGCUUAAGAGAUUUGGAACUGUUUGGAGAGCAGCCUCCGGGUGACACUCGGAGAAAAGCCAAUGAGGCGAGCUCAGAGUCCAUAGCAUCCCUCUCCAAACCAGAGAUCAUGAGUAGCUUUCUGCCAGAGGGCGGGUGUUACGAGCUGCUCUCCGUCAUAGGCAAAGGGUUUGAGGACUUGAUGACAGUGAAUUUAGCCAGGUACAAACCAACAGGAGAAUAUGUGACAGUACGAAGGAUCAACCUAGAAGCUUGUUCCAAUGAGAUGGUGACGUUCUUGCAGGGGGAGCUUCAUGUCUCUAAACUCUUCAGCCAUCCCAAUAUCGUGCCGUAUCGAGCCACCUUCAUCGCAGACAACGAGCUGUGGGCCGUCACAUCAUUCAUGGCGUACGGUUCUGCAAAGGAUCUCAUCUGCACACACUUCAUGGACGGCAUGAAUGAACUGGCGAUUGCGUACAUCCUGCAGGGGGUGCUAAAGGCUUUAGACUACAUCCAUCACAUGGGCUAUGUGCACAGGAGUGUCAAGGCCAGCCACAUUCUGAUCUCCACGGAUGGGAAGGUCUACCUGUCUGGCUUACGCAGCAACCUUAGCAUGAUCAGUCACGGACAGCGGCAGCGUGCGGUCCAUGAUUUCCCCAAAUACAGCAUCAAGGUCCUGCCUUGGCUCAGCCCAGAAGUCCUCCAGCAGAAUCUUCAGGGUUAUGACGCCAAGUCUGAUAUCUACAGUGUGGGAAUCACAGCGUGCGAACUAGCCAAUGGCCAUGUCCCCUUCAAAGAUAUGCCUGCUACUCAGAUGCUGCUAGAGAAACUUAAUGGCACCGUGCCCUGCCUGCUGGACACCAGCACCAUCCCUGCUGAGGAGCUGACCAUGAGUCCCUCCCGCUCGAUUGCCAACCCUGGCCUGAAUGACAGCCUGGCCGCUGGUAGCCUCCGGCCUGCCAAUGGUGACUCCCCUUCCCACCCCUACCACCGAACCUUCUCACCCCAUUUCCACAACUUUGUGGAGCAGUGCCUUCAGCGCAACCCUGACGCAAGGCCAAACGCCAGCACCCUCCUGAACCACUCCUUCUUCAAGCAGCAGGAGCUAUGGCCUGGUAACCGAAGGUCCGGUGAUGUCCUGGGACCUGAACUACAGGAUCCGUACUUGUCUCUCUCCCUCAGAUCAAGCGACGUGCUUCCGAGGCUUUACCUGAGUUGCUCCGCCCAGUCACUCCCAUCACCAGCUUCGAGGGCAGCCAGUCUCAGGAUCAUAGUGGAAUCUUCGGCCUGGUGACAAACCUGGAAGACCUGGAGGUGGAUGACUGGGAGUUCUGAAUCUCUGCCGCCUGCACCCUCCAGCUGGGGUGGGGUGUGAGCCCAGGGCCUCCUUGAGGACCAGCAUCUGCCUCUGGCUGCAGGCUGGGUUCAAAGGACAUUCUACCAGCAGGGCUGGCUGCUGGCUACUUGAAAGGACACUCUAGAAGGGACUUCACUGCUUUUGUGGCUUUUGAGACCCAGGGAAUCCCAGUCACCAAGGACUUGGAGAGGCUGGAAUGCUGACAUCCUGUUUUGAGCUCAGGGGACCUCCUUAGAAGGAAGAAGUGCUGUAUUGGCCCCAAGGCUCAAGUCCAAGCCCAGAGUUAACAUUUGACCCAGGGAACCUUCACAUCCUCCUCCCAACACUCGCUCUCGGCUAUGCUGUUCCCUCAUUCCUCUGACCACAGAUCCUGUAGGGCUGAAAGGGGACAAGUCCUAAGCAGCCUGCCCCUGCCUAACCCUCCCUGGCGUCUGCCCGGUUACCGAGCACCAGGUGGGUUAAGGCUGGGACUGGCCGUCCCCAUCUCCACAUCUCUUGGGCCUGACACCUGAAGCCAUCUUAGCUCAUUUAUUUGUUACACUCCUUUCCCAAGAAUCCAUCUUAAUGCCUCCUGCCAGCUGCUGCCUUGGUGCCUCCUCCAAGGGCCAUAAAUGUCUUGCCUCAUCUGAGGGCUUAAGAGUCCUUAGUUGUAUUAGUUUCAUUGUCAGAACAAAUUAAAAUUUUCAGAGUAUGUUGGGAA